GCCAGCUCGAGCGAAACGACAGGGUGUAGGUGUUCGGUUCAGAGACGGUGCGUAAGACGUAGACGGUAUAAAGUUUAAACAGCAUUAUGCUUACAGUAGUUUAUUGUCAUUAUUUAAUGUCAACAUCGCGCUAGCGACAAUCGAUGGAAAGUAUCGUAACUGCUGCCAAUUUCUACAUCAAUUUCUUUGGACACCGAGGAUGUUAUCGCUGGCUAGCUAACGCCUAUCGUUAUUAUUAAACAGCCACAUACGAAUCAAACAACGCCUGUUCAGUCUAUUCAAUUUCAGCGGCACAAUGAGUCUGAACGAACAUUCAUUGCAAGCACUGUCUUGGAGGAAGCUUUACUUGAGUCGAGCAAAACUGAAGGCUUCCAGUCGAACGUCUGCUCUACUGUCUGGGUUCGCUAUGGUAAGGAAUAAACUCGCCCAAAGAUGCAUUGCAGCAGAGGCAAGUCUUUGCUUUCCAUAGCAGGAUGACGGCUAGGCAUCAUCCAAAAGCAGAAUCCUUGUAUAUUCAUCUCAUGUUGUAUAGAUUCUUUGCACCCCCAAGUUUUGCAUUGCAGUUUUGCGUCGCAGUUUUGCAUCAUUUGGAAAGAUCAUGUAUGGAUGGAAUUUUGACAGCACGUUUUUUCCCCCUUUAUAUAUCUCUAGUUCCAGUCUGUCUUGUAUGCUAAUUUUCUCUUUGAUACAUUUCAUAAUGAUAUUACCCCUUUCUCCUCUCUAGGUAGCAAUGGUGGAGGUUCAGUUGGACACAACCUAUCCUUACCCACCUGGUCUCCUCAUUGCCUUCAGUGCCUGCACAACUGUGUUGGUGGCCGUUCACCUUUUUGCCCUGAUGGUUAGUACCUGCAUCCUGCCUAACAUCGAGGCAGUCAGCAACGUUCACAACCUCAACUCGGUGAAGGAGUCUCCACAUGAGAGAAUGCACCACCACAUAGAGCUGGCCUGGGCCUUCUCUACAGUCAUUGGCACCCUGCUCUUCCUGGCUGAGGUUGUACUCCUCUGCUGGGUCAAAUUUCUACCCAUUAGGCCUAAGAACCACAACCCCAACAAUGGGACCAUAUCUGCAGGUGUGGCUGCUGCCAUCACAUCCACCUCCAUCAUGGUGCCUUUUGGCCUGAUAUUUAUAGUCUUUGCUGUACAUUUCUACCGUUCCCUUGUCAGCCACAAGACAGACCGGCAGUUCCAGGAGCUGGAGGAGCUAUCCAACCUGACCAGGCUGCAGAAUGAGCUGGAUGGCAGAGGGGAGUCCCUCAUGCAAUCCCCCAGCUCUCAAUUCCCCUGAAGACUGACCACUGACAAGAUAGAUAUCUCUACCAUGCCAAUACCUUUGUCAUUAGUUUGACAUUUUCUAUUAAAACACUGUACAUAAUCUGCUCAUAAUUUGUAUGAAAGUGUUGUGCUACUCACUGUUUCAAAUGGUCACAUUUCAACAUGAUUUUUAAAAGAAGGAAUCAAGUCCGUGUUACUUACAUAUAACUGUAAAACUAUGCCACUUAACGCAUGUACACAUGUAACAGAAAAAAACAACACCGUCUUAACUGGCACUUGGAGUAUUGUAUUGCAGACAGUUUUUUUAAAUUCCAUUUACCUUGCAGGUAAUAGUGCAUGAGGCUAAAGAGGGCUCAUUAACAUAAUAUCUGUAUUGGGGCAAGGGGUCUUGCCUUAUUGUUAUGAGCACCACUGAAUGUCUUAUGGAGCUUUCAAGACAGCUCGGAAACUCUGAACCUCCGAGUUAAAAUUUUCGAAGUGGGUAACCCGGGCCUCAUUUUUCUACAAGUUUCCAAGCCGGAAAAGUCUGAGUUCCGAGUUGUCUUGAACGCAGCAUUACUUCUGUAAGAGGUGAAUAUGUUCCGUAUUCAACCUAAUGUUCAGAUUUUUUCUUUUUACAGUUAAUAUUUGUGAUAUUAAAUGUAAUCCGCCUGCUUAAGUUAUUUUUAGUCCAAAUGUUACUGCAUAAUGUUACUGUUACUUACAUAGUAGUAAACUGUGGUAUUGAAAUAAACAUUUUGUACAAUGAUUAUUGUCUGAACAAUGUUUUUGUGACAUAGAAAAGCUUAAACAUGCUGAAGUUAUUUUCACUGCUGCUUAAACAGUGAAUAUAGAGAUGAACUGCACAUUCUUUCUCAACACAAUUCAAUUACAUUUACAUUGUUUAGCAGACGCUCUUAUCCAGA